UCACUUUCGUGUCUUCUGCAGUGGCCGUCACGUCAGAGGUGUGCUUUUUAAAACUUACAUAUAUAUAUAUAAACAUACAUCACGAAUCACGACACGGCGGAUAUGGCUGGCCUCCAGGACGUGCUUAGUAAAGUGCAACUUUUGAAACAAGAAUGGGGCAAAGCUCCGUGCAAUCUCAAAAAAUGUGGGGAACUCCUGACACAACUCAAGGUUGCUCUCACGACUCUAACUUUUCUACCAACCAAAGAUGCUACAGCUUCUGAAAAAGAACUGCUAAUUGCCAGAGAAGUUCUUGAGAUUGGAGCCCAAUGGAGCAUCGCUAGUGAGGAUAUUCCUUCGUUCGAACGUUACAUGGCACAACUAAAAAGUUAUUACUUUGACUACAAGUCCGGUCUGCCAGAGUCACCAUACAAAUAUCAACUUUUGGGACUUAAUCUCUUAUUCCUCCUGUCACAAAACAGAGUGGCUGAAUUCCACACUGAGCUAGAGCUCCUUCCUGUAGAAUGCAUUCAAACAAACAUCUACAUUAGACAUCCGCUUAGCCUGGAGCAGUGCUUAAUGGAAGGCUCGUACAAUAAAAUCUUCCUUGCCAAGGGAAACGUACCUGCUGCGUCUUACAACUUUUUCAUUGAUAUUCUUCUGAAUACCGUCAGGGAUGAAAUUGGAGCCUGUAUGGAAAACGCUUACGAUAAAAUUUCAAUCAAAGAUGCCGCGCGUAUGUUGAAUUUGAAUACAGAAAAGGAAGUGCUGCAGUUUUGUACUAAAAAGAAGUGGAAUGUAGCCAAGGAUGGGUACUUGUACUUUGGGGAGCCAGCCGAAAAGAAAAUUGAGGAGCCCAUACCAAGUGCAGAGCUGGUCACUCUUGCCAUUGAUUACGCAAGGGAAUUGGAGAUGAUUGUUUAAAUGAAAACUUUUUGCUGAUACUGAACAUUUUUUUAUAUAAUACUGUUAAUUAAAAGUUUCGAACAAUUUUUCAUAAUUUGUCAUAUUGACAAAUGACUGUUGUUUCAAAAAUCUGCUAAUAAACAAUUUUGAGACAAAUAGAGAAAUAUUAACACUUUCUUACAUACUUAAAUAUAAAAUUACUGUACUGAUAUAUUUCAUAAAGUGUUACGAUUAAUAAACUAAUAUUUUAUUUGA